CUACUCAACGCUCUCAAACUGACAAGACCUCCUCUCAACAAGCUCCUCACCACACAGCACUACAUGUACGUAUGUAUGUGAGCCUCAGCCUAACAAAGAGAAAUUAGACAACUGGCCAUAUACACCACGCUACAUUAUAAAGUGAAAAGAAUAAGGAUUUGUACACUAGUGUGCUGACUAUUUAUAAGUGAGAAGCCCAGUUGUGAAGACAUUACCCCGUGAACAGUUUUGUGAAGACUUGGUGACUAUUAAAGAGGAUAAGAAGACUACAGUUCACAAGUGUGUUUUUGUGACCUAGUGGAAAACUACCUGUGUUGUUUUGUCUGUACACUGAUACCGAUCGUGGAAAAUUACUGGUAAUUCGACGACACUUUUGAGAUAUGUACUGCUUCUGCCUAUACGACCUGCCGCUGGUAACCUGUGGUGGGAAGCUGGUAAGCGGCGAAAAGAGGGAUUCGUAACAAUAUGGUUCAUUAAUGAAUAUGUCACCCACGCUUGAACAGCAGCCUCGCCCAAACUAAACUAUCUCUGUUGACAUCCUGAGACACUGUGUAGCCACUCACGACUCCUCACGGCUACUCCCGAGUCCCAACACCUUGUGGGUCGCUGCUCACCGCCCUGGGCCAAAAUAAAUCACCCUUGAAAUAUUGCCGACUACUCUAGAUUACUCCUGACCUCUCUAAGCCACCAUCAUUUGACUGAAUCUGGACAAUUGAUGAUGAUGGCCAAAAUACAAAUAUGGCCAAGUUGUGCAUCACUGCUGAUGUUGCUGCUGGUGUUCACCACUUCUCAUGGUCACCAAAUGGUUUUGCAAGAUUCAGAAGAAAUAGUUUUAAGAAUAAGAGAUUCUUCAGAGAACUUCUUGAAUCUAAAUUACCAGAAUUUCCUGCCCAAGCAUUCUCACGGUUCUUCUAGAAUCCACCAACCACAAAAGGAAAUAAUAUCAACUAAAGAUACAAAAUUUAAGACUCCCGGAGGUCAGAGGAAAGUGAAUACUAAAUAUAGUACAGCAAAUAUCCUUAGUGGCAAAAUUCCAUAUUUAGUACAACAAAAACAAAACAGCAUUACAACAUUAAAAACUUUAAGUGAAAUUAGUCUUGUCACUGAUGAGCUGAAGGACCGAGUGAAGUACGAUGUUAUACAGGAGGAUCCCAUAUAUGAGCAAGAUUCUCAGCACAGGGAUACUAAUGAAGAUGUAUAUACUGAGAGUGAUUCUUUAUCUUCCUCUCCAGAUCAUGCAUAUAUGAACUUGUGUCAUCAUCCCCCAACUAAAUUCUCCCCACAGUUUUUGAGUCAUCCUGACGAUUCCUGUGCAGAAGACAUCAGUAUUCUACAAGUCGAGUCUACACUAACAUUGUGUAGCACCCUUUAUAUUAGUAUUUAUGAAAGGUAUCCCCUCUACUCAUGGUUUAACUUGAAAAAUGAUACCUGGGUGAAAGUAUUUGUUGAUGAGAGUUUCAUUGCAUUUUGCUUACCUUUAUUUCAGAGAUUCAAUCAGUGUGAGGAAAGACAAUAUAUGACCAUAUGCCUGGAGGAAGGUGCCGUUUUCUUCCAUUUUCAGACGUGUCAAAAACCUUCAGUUUUGGACAAGUUUUUCAUCUCUCUUUUGGUCAGCUCUUUAAUGGAGAAAGAUGAAGUCUGCUUCAAUUAUUUUUGUGAUGGAACUUUCCAAGUUAUUGAUUCAAACGUGCGAGGAGUGUUCUUUCGACUUAUGAACUUACAGAUGGAUGGAAAGUCAUGUUUUUAUUUAUUCAACACAGACUCAAACCUGAAUCACAUCAAUGAUACUAGAUAUUGGAUGGCAAACAUUCACUUUCCCUGUUGUUAUUCACAGUAUUUCAUCCUUUGGUUGGGUAUACCAGAAGAUCAUGGUGUGAACAGCAACUGGGAUUUCUUGCCACUAACUUGCCGUGUAAGUGAAUUGCUUCUAGUAUCAGUUACUGGAUGUAUUGGGGUGUUUGGGGUGGUGGGGAAUCUCAUAGUGUUGGUAGUAAUGCUCAAUAGUGAACACAAAGGUCAGGAGUCUAGCAUGCUCAGGACCUCUCUGGCUUUUGCUGAUCUUUGUAUUGGUGUCUUUGUUGUGGUCCCAUCAGUAACUUACCAAGUCUCUUUAAUUAGAGGAACUUUAUUAUCAGACGAAUAUUCCUGGCAAGAGUAUUCAGAUUUAGAUGAUUUAUCCAGCAAUAUAAGUACAAGUCUGAACCAGUACAAGGUUGAAAAUAUUGAAGUUAAUAGUUACAUCAUAUACGUAGUGGACAGUGGGUAUCGAUUAUUUCAGGCCUUUACAAUGAGUUUGUGCUCACAGGUCUCCAUAUUCACUCUCUUGCUGCUAAGUGUAGAGAGGUACAUCAUGACCACACUAAGCCUCCAAUAUUAUUCUUAUUUCUCAGUUUUUCGAAUAAAGCUUGCAAUCAUCUUUACAUGGAGUUUUGGCUUCAUUCAGACUUUCUUUUUAAUGUAUGAAGGCAAUGGUAAGUUUAGCGCAACAUGGUCAACCAUAACCAAACUUCCCAUUGGUGUUACAGAAAGAAAAAGAUCCUCCAUGGAACUCUACACGACUUAUUACGUGUAUCUGACACUUCUGGCUUUAGUAGUUGUAUUUACAUGGAUAUUAUCAUGUCUAUCAAUAAAAAAUUUUACUCUUGAACAGAGAAGAGUAAUGGCAGAGUGGAAAAAUCUUCAUUUGAGAGUUUCAGAUUCCAUACACAAAGAGAAUCGUUGCAUUAUGAUCACAAUGGUACUUAUAACUUUUCUGUUCUCUGUGUCAGUCUUCCCACUGAGCAUCAAUGUCUUUUUCAAUGUCAUUAAAUAUGACUUCUAUUGGUGGAAUCUUUAUUCAUAUAUAUCUUGGUGGUUAUUCCUAGCAGGACAUGCAUGGAACCCAUGGAUCUACAACAUGCGUAGCUAUCAGUUUCAGAUUGACAUGAAAGACACCUUCAAGAGAAUGUUGCCAACUCGCUUCAAGCCUUAUUUUAUCCAGUGUCCACACAAAAAAGAAUAACUCAUCUUCCUUUAAAUGAAAGUCAUAAAUUGAUUACUGCUUAAGGAUAUAAAUGUUGCCAAUCUGUAAGAGGACACUUCAUACAGUGUCUAUAUUUUGACUUAUUUACAUUAACUGAGUAAACAAUGGCCAACAACUUCAGUUUCUGUAUAUCGUCAGACAUUUCAUAACAGGAAACUCAAAUGCAAUAUAAAGUAGGUACUAAUUGGUUUAGGUUUCACCUUGUUUCACAAACACAGUAAUGAAGUAGCCACAAACCACCUCCACUUCAAAAAAUGAAUACUGUAUAUAAUGUAUUAUAGCUCUUCUUUUUAUCAGGUAAUAAUUAUUCUUAUCAGCCCCCAGUUGCCAAAAGGGAUGAGGAAGGAUGGACCUUCCCUCCAUUAUAGGUGUGCACAGUAACAAAGCCACUUGGAGUGUAUAAGCUACAAAGUAAGCUGAUCUUUUCAUUCUGUUAUACUGUACAGUACUUUACAAAUGUGUGUCUCUCAUAUUGUAUAUUAUAGCUGCUGUGAUCCACACAUAAUAACCUUUUAUACAACAACUGAGGGAAUGUAAGAAAUACACACCUUUAAAUUAAAACAAAACUCAAUAAAUCCAGUCAUAAAGAAAAUAAAUUUGACAUAAAUUAAUCAGGUUCUAAUGAACAUAUACAGCAAAAUGGUUAAUUCUCUUCCCAAAAAUAUUUCAAUAAAUAAAUACAAUAAUGAAGUAUUGGGAUAAUUUUUCCCAAGAACAAUUGUUUCUCAAUGAAACAAAACAUACUAUACUAAGAAAAAAGAUUUUGCCUUCAGCCUUGAAGUUUCAAAGAAAAUGUUUUCAGCUUAUUUCGUAGGCAAACCCUGACUUACGACAGGGAUACGUUCCUGGACCCUGAUUGUAAGUCAAUUUAUUCAUAAGUCAGAGCAGUUUUAAUUCCACAGUUUAGGUUAGGUUAAAGCACAACCCUGCCCAUCCAAAACAAUAACAUCACAUACAUAAAAAAUAAUGUAAAUACUGUAAAUCAAGUGACGUUAAACAAAAAUGAAUAUGAAAACACUAAUGUAAAAAAAUGUGAUAUUAAUUACAAAUUUUUGCAAUGAAUAUAUUGGGAUCCCGUUUGUACGUGCAAGUGAUUGUAUGUCGGACGGUCAUAAUUUUGGUACUGCCUGUACUGUAUAUCCUUGAUGUAAAUUGAUUUGUUAUAAAAAUAUUUAGAGUACAAUAUUUCAUUCUCAUUCAUCAUUCCACUAUAAAAACUUAAAAACAAAAUCAGAAGGGAUUACCUACAUUUUUGUGAUCAAUUAAAAAAAAACCUUUUUCCAAACUAAAGAAAGUCUUUAUUAGAAUUUAUUCUUUUUCCAUGAAUAACAUUUAUUCUUCAUACUUCACUUUCUUAAUGUAUAAGGAAUAUUAACACAAAAUUAAAGUAAAGAUUUAUUCCACGUAAAAGACUAAAAAGAGAUGAUCAGUUUUUAAAUUGAAUGAGUAUGAGCGUCAGUGUGAGAGGUGUACAUAAUGACGUGUUACAUUAAUGUUACUAUACCAUGACAUGUGAGAUUCAUUACACAACGAAGGAUCAUAUUCAGAAGGUAAAACUCAAUACAAUGAUGAGUCCACUUAUGAUACAGCACUACCAAGUACUGAAAAAUAAUAUACAGUAUUCUGAUUGCAUUUCUUGCUCAUGGGCAGACACACACCUCUAACUGAGAUAUCAACUUAGCUCAGCCCAUAUCUAGUGUCCUCAGUAAUCAUUCCAAUUCACAGAAGCUGACUGGUUCCUGGUUGCUGAGUUAGUCGUGUCUCCACAAUGGCAAAUUAACCAGCAGUACGGUUUAAUUAACAACCAGAAAUCAAUCAAUUUGUACGAGCUGUAAUGGCUGGUAAAGUUACCAUAUGAUGGCAGAGCUCAGUAGAUAGUUCAACUGCUAAGUAUCUUUGAGAGCAACAAGUGCACAAGGAAAAUGGGUGUCAAAAUUUUUGUCAGACCUUUGGUAGCACUACACAGUAACUAUCCAGUGGGCUGAAAGAGACUGCUGAACACUUUCCUGACUGUAGUUCCCUUUGCAGACUAGCAUAACACACUACAAAUUGAAAUUCAAUUACUGUACUGUACUACAUCUAUUACAAUAAGUAUACAAUUAGCAUAUUCUUGCAAUGUGAUUACCCUACAAUAUUUUCUAAAUAAAUUUUGGAAUAAAUUAAAACUUAAAAACUUCAUACUCUUUGUAAUGUAAUAACAAAUAUCUUUAUUCUACCUGAACUUUUCAAAAACUUUUACAUAAUUAAUAUACGAAAGGUAUGGUUACCUGGUCAGCUUGAGAAGUGAGUUACUGUACUGCAUAACCUAGACAUUAUAAAAUAAAAUACUGUAAAGGACUUGAGUACUUGUUAUCAAUUCAGCUUUUUAACUGAAACUAUACAGUGAUGUGCCCAUUAGCCAGAACAAUUGGUGCAGAGCUCUUAUGGGGAUGAGAGAUUUCCGGGUAAAAAGAUGACUCUCAAACCUGGAAAAAAAUCCCUAUAUCUCC